GGGAGCUGCACCGAGGAGGAUCAUUGUAGCCGAGGCACUGCCGUCAUGUGGACUUGUACUUUGAUGAUAAUGGCCGCGGUAGCGGUGGCGAGCGGAGCGCAACUUUACGUCUCUGCACCAGCGGGUCGGGGCCAGUAUCAUCGCGGCAGCUCUGGCUCCUACAACUACGGCUACAACACCGGCGACGGCGUCGCUAAAGUCGAAGUGAAGCGACCGGACGGGUCGGUUGUGGGCUCCUACAGAUAUUUCGAUCCUAACGGGAAGCAGAUAGUCCGCUCGUACGUGGCAGACUCGAAAGGUUUCCGCAUUCUCGGCAACGAUCUGCCAAUCUCUCCUGACACUCCGGCAGCGGCCAUCGUGGGAGCCCCUGCCCUCACGGCGCCUGUGGAGGGCGCUGCAAAUGAAGUUGUCGAUUCAUCAAUAAAUCCUUCAAAACGUUUCAACACCGUUGAUAUCGCGCACAUCAACACUCAGCCAUUGCUAAGACACUACUACCAGCAACAGACUGUCUUCCAACAGCAAAAUGAUCUUUUGAAACAGCAGCAACGAAUCAUUGAAGAACAACAGCAACAACUUGCGUCUCUCAGGAACACGAAUGUCGUCUAUUCGCCGGCCACAAACAUUCAGCGAACAGUGAAUGACUUUAUUCAAUACAACACCAUAGAUGAAACAGAACAGAACGACGCUCCGUACUACUUCAACCCUCUGAGUUACAACUACGACUUCCCGGCAGGCUUCGCUUAUGGCGGCGGUCUCGUCAGAGUCGAACCUCGGCAGGUCAUCGGCGUCCAGCAGGCCAACGUUCAGGAGCCGUUGGCGGUGGGCCGCAGCGACGCAGUCCCCAGUCACCGCCUGCCACCGCUGGAGGUGGUGUCGCGCUUCUCUCGGCGCAACAGACCGACCUUCGUGGCUGGACGCACCUAAAUUUACAUUACUGACGCGAAUAAUUCCUCUUUUUAGAGAGCUAGCUCUCACUGAAGGCAUACUCACACAAGGGCAUUACGUAAUUUGGAGCAAUACAUGUCCGUAUAAAAAGAUUUUCAUUCAAAAUUAUGCAGUAAUCAUUACUAGAUCAACAAUCUCGCGAUUGUUUCACUUUUCAGCGGACAUUCCAAGUCAUGACUGAUUGUUUCGAACACAGAGUUGGAUUGAAAAAUACCACAUCAUUUCAAUUAAUCGGAAAUUAUCGUUAAGAACCCUGAUUUGUCCAGCACUUGGGGCAUUUUCAUUGCUGGAACGAUGGAGGGUUUAAUAUAUUGAACCAUCAGGACAUUAAUAUUGGAAGGAUUCAGAAGGGCUCAGCAUCAAACGAGUCAAAUCAUUCACACGUGCAGAGCGAAGAUAUUAUUUGAGUGAAGAUUUUCUUAUAAAGAAGCGUUCAUAAGAGGAUAAGUAUAUCAGACCAAAAAAUUAAGCAAUGCUUGAUUUUGUGACACAUCAGGUCAUGAAACUUGGCGAUCGAGAGAAGGAAACUAAAUCUUAAGAGAUUACGGAAGUACAACUACCAAAUCCUGCUACAAUAUAGCUUUAACCACAUUUAGUAAUCAAAUCGAUUAAAAAGUUUUCACAGCGCCUGAGAAUUAUACUUCUUACUUAUAAUCAUCUUUGGGUUAAAGCAGAUGACAGGAAACCACAUUAGCAUAAACGCACCUCGUUACGCUCAUCCAUAACUGGAAAUUCAAGCGAAUUGAAGAACUCGUAUAAUGAAAUAAAACAGCCGAGGUAUCAAAAA